GCAAAAAGACCUCAAUCAGACAAGACAUGGUGUGAACGAAAAUCUAUUUUCUUUCAUAUUUACGCAGUCAACAGACUGUACAAAUUUAGUGACUUUAUUUAUUCAAAAGAAGAAAAUAAAAUGUAAAACGUGUAUUUGAAAUGUAGAUUAUUGCCUUAUGGAGAAGUUUUUUGGAUUCACUCAUCGAUCGCGUCAUCAAAUAAUAUUAUCCAUUACUUUAGCUACAUCUAAUCAUGUUUGAAGAAAAUAUUAAUUGAAUGCUCUUGUGUAAAAAUAGAUGAAGUGAUUUCUUAUUUCUUAAAUUUCUGCAAUUUGUUUUCAAAAUGUACGAAGAUUCUACAGAGACGAUUUAUGGGACCCAUGAAGACUCCCACGUUGUGAUGUCAGAAAAGGUCCAAUCUCUGGCAGGAAGCAUAUACCAGGAGUUCGAACGCAUGAUAGCUAGGUACGACGAAGAUGUAGUGAAGACGCUUAUGCCACUCUUGGUUAACGUGCUCGAGUGUUUGGACUCGGCUUAUCAGACGAACCAGGAACAUGAAGUCGAGCUGGAGUUGCUGCGCGAAGACAAUGAACAGCUGGUCACGCAAUACGAGCGCGAGAAGGCAGCGAGGAAGCACGCAGAGCAGAAGUUACUCGAAGCGGAAGAUCACUUCGAAGGCGAGAGAAAAGACCUAUCAGGUCGAAUGGAGGCUCUGGACAGCAUAGUCAGGAUGUUGGAGCUCAAACAUAAGAACUCCUUGGACCACGCGAGCAGACUCGAGGAAAGAGAGAAUGAACUGAAGAAGGAAUAUUCGAAACUGCACGAGCGAUACAAUGAGCUGUUCAAGACCCACGUGGACUACAUGGAGCGCACUAAGUUGCUGAUGAGCACCGCCAGUGAUAGAGGAGAAGUGCGCGGAAGACUUGGCCUCAACCCUAUGCGUUCUAGUGGUCCGAUAUCGUUCGGGUUUGCAUCGCUGGAGAGUUCGAUGCACAAUGUGGAACAAACGGAGAGUAUGCCUGGUAGUCCUGUCAGCUUGUCGUCAUCACCUCCUUCUCCACCAACUGGCUCCGACCUGGCAGCAGUGAGGACUGUGGAAUGCGCACAUCAGACAGACCCCAUCACACAGCAAAGCCAGGCAACCUCACCGGUCGCGCCGCCUAACGCCCCUAACUCUGGGAAAUCGCAAACAAAGAGCGAGAAGCGUAGCGGCAACACGUUGUACCAAGAGCUCGCUUUCCAGGAUGUGGAUCCGGGCAUUGCCGAAGGCGAAGACGCUGAUAUCACAGGUAGUUGGGUGCAUCCUGGCGAAUAUGCAUCUUCUGUUAACGACAAUUACUUUGGAAUGGGGAAAGAAGUUGAAAAUCUUAUUCUUGAAAACAACGAGCUGUUAGCCACGAAGAAUGCAUUGAACGUUGUGAAAGAUGACCUCAUAGUGAAAGUAGACGAAAUGAUGGGCGAGCUGGAGAUCCUGAGGGAGGAGGUGGCGAACCUCAGCUCCGCCAGGGAGAAGUUGCGUAACAGGGUCACCGAGUUAGAAGAGGAAGUGAGGCAUUUGAAGACGGUUAGCUCGAACGCGGGCAGUGGUGACAACAACGAGGAUGAAGCCGACGUACCAAUGGCGCAGCGAAGGCGUUUCACACGCGUCGAGAUGGCACGAGUUCUAAUGGAACGCAACCAAUAUAAGGAACGUUUCAUGGAACUGCAAGAUGCCGUUCGCUGGACUGAGAUGGUGCGAGCAAGUCGCGUUGAUUCCACCGUCGACAAAAAGAACAAACAGACUAUUUGGAAACUUUUCAGUAACCUUUUCAGUACCAGCGAACGUCCACAACGUCCUCUAUCGACGCCUCAUAUUCGCGCGGUAGCGGCGCCGCAACCCGCGCUGCGUCAUUCGAGGACACAAGCUGACUUCUUCGAAACUCAGCUGACUGACCAUCAUCACGCGAGACGCCAUGAAAGAAGCGAGCAGUUCCGUCAGGUGCGGGCUCAUGUUCGCAAAGAAGACGGGCGCACCCAGGCCUACGGUUGGAGCCUGCCGAGCAAGAGCGGCCAGGGACAGAAAGGCCCCAGCUCAUGCACCUCACUGUCUUCUGGCGGGGUCCCUGUACCCGUGCCAGUAUUUUGCAGACCCAUAGCAGAAAACGAACCUCGUAUGACACUGCUGUGCGCUGCUGCGGUCAAUCUGAACGGAGGCCGAACUCCAGACGGUGGGUGUAUGGUUGGCGAAAGCGUCUUCUAUGCGAAUCCUGAAGAUAAGACUGAGAACACCAUGUCGCUUGCGUACGAGAUGAACAAAGCUCAGUCGGUGCAUUCGCCAGAAGUGGAGGAAAUAAACCAACAGCUGCAGUCCACGCAGAGUGUCGAGUAUACAGAGAAGAAUUUAUCAUCUCUCGUUUGGAUAUGUUCUAGCAACCAGAAUAAAGGGAUUGUUAUGAUUAUCGACGCGAACAAUCCGGCGGAGGUGAUAGAAUCGUUCCCUGUGACUGACAAACAUAUUCUGUGCGUCGCGUCUGUGCCGGGUGCCGUCGCUGAAGACUAUCGAGACUACCAGGAGAGAGCCGCGGGUGCAGUUGACAAACGACACUCGUAUAUAUUCAGUUCCGGCAGGGUAGAUUCUGUUGACGUACACAAUAAACCCAGUGUUACUGACGAAAACGGCGACUCAGACUCAGUUGUCGUUGGAGCGACACGAUUAGUAAAAGCAACGAUUCUGACACCGCCGAGCACUCCAGUGAAUGAGCCCGAAACAGCACCGGAACCUCAAAAUCAAGAGGCACCCAAAAAUAACGAGGAAGCCGAUUUUGUACACCCCGAUAGCCCGCCACUUAGCUCUACACCUAUCAAUGGAGGACUUUUGAAUUCUCCUGAGCCAGGGGUUGAAGCGUUUGCUCAACAACAAUCUAAGACAGAAACUCAACCCGAACCGGAACGCAAGAUGUCAACUGUUAUGGCGACCAUGUGGCUAGGCACCAAGAGUGGCAACCUCUACGUACACUCCGCAGUUGGAAACUACAAAAAGUGCUUAGCUAGAGUAAAGCUAAACGACGCCAUAUUAGCGAUAGUGGCUUGUGCCUCCCGAAGUAUUGUAGCGCUCGCUGAUGGCACUGUAGCAAUAUUCUCGAGACACGCGGACGGACAGUGGGACUUUGGACAGUAUUGGUUGCUCACACUCGGGGAUCCUAAAUGUUCUGUUCGCUGUUUGAGCGCCGUGGGUUGCACUGUGUGGUGCGGUUACCGCAACAAGGUGCACGUUAUAGAACCUCGCUCACGUUUGUUGCUGCAUUCGCUGGAAGCCCAUCCGCGGCAGGAGAGUCAAGUGCGACAGAUGGCCUGUGAUGGCGACGGAGUCUGGGUUUCAAUCAAAAUGGAUUCCACCCUGCGUUUGUAUCAUGCACAUACGUACCAACAUUUGAAGGAUGUUGAUAUUGAGCCGUAUGUGAGCAAAAUGCUGGGCACUGGGAAACUUGGCUUCUCGCUAGUCAGGAUCACGGCUCUGUUGAUUAGCUCAGGGCGGCUCUGGAUCGGUACAAGUAACGGAGUUGUGAUAUCAGUACCACUCUCAGAAGGUUCUAGUCGAGAUUCCAUCGGACCACAGCCGUCGACCUCAAGAUCGCCUGCCCAAGCCGCCAUAGCCGCCUGUCCGACUGGCAAUAUCCCGUGGUGUUCGAUGGCUCAUGCCCAACUAAGCUUCCAUGGACAUCGUGACGCCGUUACUUUCUUCGUAGCAGUGCCCGGAGUGGCUGGAUCCCCCGCACGCACUCCUGAAUCUCCCCGAAGGCACUCGCCGACCAUACCACCCAUGUUGGUAAUAUCUGGUGGCGAAGGAUAUAUUGACUUCAGAAUAGCCGACUCGGAAAUGGAAGACAGUGUUGUAGUAGCGGAGGACGGGUCUUCAAGUGGACACAAUUCUCUGGCCGAUCGGGCUUCCAAGAGCCAUUUGAUAGUGUGGCAAGUUGCGACAGCCUAACGCAGGGCCAGCCGUGUGCGAUUUGACUCCGAUUCGGACUAUGUGUAUGUGUGUACGUCCACCAAACCAGCGACGCUCAUCAACGCGUAAGUUACCUCGUGGAUGUGAAUAGGACGACGGUUAUGGAGAUGCAUGGAGUAGACAUAUUAUUGUUUUGUUAAGUUCAACAAUGUUCCGUGCAUGAACAGUAGCAGUGAUGUAGUAGUUAUUUAGUUUGAUGUCGAUUUGGUACUACUAUAUGUUUAGUUACCUUUGUUAUUAUUUAAGUGAACGUCUUAUGUUUUAUUUGUAAUUUUCUGUAAUUAUUACAUCAAGUUAUUAUGUAUACUUUUUAUAAGUCACAAAACCAUACUAAAGAGUAAUUUAAACGGUCCAACAUGGAACCUGUAGUAUAGGUAAUGACUAAUAUGUAAUGUAAUAGCUUUAUGUAAAGGUUUUACCUGUGAGGUACAUUGUCUAUGUUCACUAAUGUGUUGUAACCAGUAUGGAGUACACUAUGUUCACAUCUCCAAACCGUCGAAUCAAAAGGAUUAGCGAAGUGUCGGUCGAUCAGUAUUUUCAGUAAUGUUUUAUAUCUUAGGAGUUCGGUUGCAAUCGCAAUUAGGAAUUGAUUUAUGUGUUGGUCCUUCGUAUCCAUUUUUAUCCUAUUUGACAUUACUUAUUAAUAUAGGAUAUGCGUGUAUCUGGAAUUGAUAAUAUCAAGAUUACUCUUACAAUCUGUCAUGUUAGUUUUUAAUGAAGUUUAUCAUGAUAUAAGUCUCUUAAAGUCACCUAAGAAUUAGUUUCAAUAAAUUUAAGUGAAUACAUAUCCUGCAUUAAUGAGAAAUGUGUAACUAAAUGUGUUGAUCAUGUCUUACUACACACGUCAUAACACGUCUGCAAUCGAUGUCUCACACGGCAUUGUACUAGCUGUCAUACACUACUACAUUGUAUCAUUCAUAUAGUUACUAUGUGUGCUUAUUAUUUAGCUAUAUUUCUUGGCGCUAUAGUCCUUAAUAUUGCUCACGUCAAGAAACGUUUGGCCGAGGUAGACAUAUUUUCUUUACAUCACGUCUACCUCGGUACAAGCUUAAUCUCAUUAAAAUUAUGUACAAGAUGUAACCACCAAAUAAUACGUUUUAGUAGUGUUAGUUAGAUUAAAAGAAUAUAUUGAACAUUUUUAUAAUAUAGGUACGCAAUAGUUAUUAUUAAUCUUCUCAAGGAAUGUGACCAUUUGGGCUGUGGUUGUCAUCUGCAUCACAAGUUUAGAACUUUAAUUUAUUAUUAGAUUUUAUUUUAUUUUAUUAUUUUGUUCAUAAAGAUGAAAUUAUUAUUUUAGAUGUGUCGGUGUACUUGCGUUGGUUGACUUGUUAAACUGUGUAUUAGUUCAGUUAUUUCGUAGUUUAACCUGAAAAGUUUUACGGGGUUUUAAGAUUUCAUUGCGGAGUUUUAUAUUGUUUUAAUAAAUAAUAUUAGUACCUAUACAAAGUAGGUAAAAGGAUAUAGUGAUAUCGUUCAUUAUGUUAUAGAUGCCGUUUAGAAUAUGAGUGAAAAAAUGAAAUAAAAUAUAGACAUAAGAUAUAAGAUAGAAAAUUAGAUACAACAAUACAAUACGAAAAUAAAAGUAGAGAAGAUAUGAAAAAGGCGCAACAAAAACUACACAUUUUUUAAUGUUCGUAAAACUUUUUGGCACCAGUUUUCUACGAAAUAUUGAACUAAAUUACGUUUAGAUAAUAUAAUUUAUUAAGAAUGAAAUGAAAUGUGUAUACUUAAUGAAUUACAACGUAAGUACACUGUUCGCAAGGUAAGUAUGUAGAAAAAUUUUAUUUUGACUGAAUCAUAACAUUUGCUGUGUAAUUUUUUCGCUGGUGUUAUUUUUUAUUGAAUGACUAAUGGUGCAUAAAUAGAUUAGGUAUAUAUUUCUAUUGUAUUCACUGUGUCACAUUGAACUUAGUUUUCAACAAUAUUUGACACAUUGGUGACAUUAAUUUAUACUCUAUACUGAUGAAAUGGUUUUCUAAGGCACGCGUUACACGAAAAGCGGAUAGACAAAUAGCCAUGGGUCAUAAUAUCGAACUUUUCAUAUAAACCUUUUUGGUUUUGAGAUCAGUACAGUUACAAACAUCUGUGACUAUCCUAAGGCCCGGCCACAAAUUAAUGUCCAUUAAGUAAUGGAUAAAGCAAUAUUUUACAAUCAUAAUUUUACUUUGACCAUAAUUUAAAGAACAUCUUUGAGCAAUCGGAUAUAAGUGCGCGAUUCUAAUGCACUUUUCGUGUAACGUUAGCUUAAUUAUGUUUUCUAAUCACGUUUAAAAUAACGAUUAUUUUUGUAUAUACUUUGGCACAUUUCCCCUCGAUGUGUACUCAUAUUAUAUUGGAAAUUAUUAUUAUAGAAGUUUAAUUAGUGCUAUAUGAAAUCAUCUUAAAAUAUAAAUAUUAUAUUAAGUUAUUUAACAAAAGAUUACAGCAAACGCUGGUUGAGGGUGGAAUAUUACAGAUGAAAACAGCUUUUAGUGUAUGUGUACUUUUAUUUAACAAAGUCAAUGAUGAUCAAUAUAUUCUGUUGUGUGCUAUUUUUGGUAGAAUUUGCCGUUUGGAUCAGUGCAAUACACAAUAUAGUUUAGCAUCACAUUCACAUUUGUAUAUUUUAGUUUGUGACUUACUCGUAGAUCAUGUUUAAUUGUUUGUCGUUUAGACCUGAAUGCCUGCUUUCGCACAUAAUUUCUCAUUUAUACUCAACAUAAUCUACUUUACACGUUUUGUAUGUAUUUAUUCUUGUUUUGUGGAGUAAAACAAUAUUUUUAGUAUUUAUUAUUAAAAUUAAUAACACUUAUCUACACUAUGAUAGUCAGUAGCAGAUCAACAAUUCGUAUUCAGUAGAUAUCGGUAUUAUAUUCCGAAUUUAAAAUUUUAAUUCAAUAUUUAAAUACAAAUCAAUAUUUCCAGUAGUACUAGGUUAUUUUGUACCUAGGAUGAAGUUCAGUAAGAUACAAGAUAGAUAAGGUACGGGGCACUACAAUGACGAAUGAUGUUAUUGAUGAAGCUAACACGUCAAUAUGUGCCCCUCCUACCUUAAAUCCUAUCCUAUAUGUAGGAUAAUACAAUUUUAUCAAUAAUACAUAUUCAAAUAGUAGCGUUCACGUAUUAAAUUCUACAUUUCACACAGACAAAUAUUUGAAAAUAGAAGUAAUUUUAGUGUAGAUAAAGUUAACAGUAUGAUAAAUUAUAUCUAAAAGUACGCGUUUUGUUUCCAUUGGCCAGUUUUAAUCCUGAACCAUCGUUGACUGUAAGUGCUAGUCAAAAUAUCGACAUAGUGAUGUAAAUUUAGAUAGGCUUACAUUGUUUUGCUAACGUAGCUGUAAUUGAGGUUAACAAUCACGCAGUACUUGCUGUUUGCCGCGUAGACACUCCAUUGCGGCUUGUCAGCUCCGCUCAUGCGCGGUAAAGUUGCAUCGGUACGAUUGUGAUGUAAUUAUGACCUACCCAAGGUAGGGUAACACGAUCAUCGUGUCUGAUUUCUUCGCACUAUUCAUUCGUGCCGUACUCUGCGGCAGACUUAAGCAGGAACUUAGGAUCUUGUCGGUAGAAUUGGGUAUUUGACUUCUAGUCAAAAUAAAUACGUUUUUGAACUGUCAAUGUCGACAGUUGUCAA